AGCCGCGCGCGGGAGGGAGGCGAGCGGCGAGACAGGCUCCGAGGCUCCCGCGAGCCAGCGCCGAGCGAGCCCGGGAGGUGGGGAGCGAGCGAGCGAGCAGCCGCGCCGCCGCCUCGCAAUCCGCCGCCAUCCCGCCGCCUCGGCGCCCGACCGCCGCCCGACCGCCAUCGCCCGGCCCAGUCGCGCCCGCGGAACCAGACCAGGCAGAUCAGGAGCGGCGCCGAGCACAAUUCCCUUACUAGAUGACAUUUCAUCGCGAUGUCCGAUCGUUUGGGGCAAAUAACCAAGGGCAAGGAUGGGAAAAGCAAGUAUCCGACUCUCAGCCUGUUUGACAAGCAUAAAGGAAAAUCAGUAGACACAGUCAGAUCCUCAGUUAUUCCUAGACAUGGCUUACAGAGUCUUGGGAAAGUUGCCACAGCCCGGCGUAUGCCUCCGCCCGCAAACCUGCCAAGCCUGAAGUCUGAAAACAAAGGAAACGACCCCAACAUCGUCAUAGUACCCAAGGACGGAACGGGAUGGGCAAACAAGCAGGAUCAGCAAGACCCAAAGAGUUCCAGUGUGACGGCCUCUCAGCCGCUGGAGUCGCUGCCGCAGCCGGGUUUGCAGAAAUCUGUCUCCAGUUUACAGAAACCGACACAGUCAAUCAGUCAGGAGAAUACAAAUUCAGUGCCAGGUGGACCAAAGUCAUGGGCACAGCUGAAUGGAAAGCCAGUAGUACACGAAGGUGGUUUAAGGGGCUCAAGCCGACUAUUAUCCUUCUCUCCCGAGGAAUUUCCGACGCUGAAAGCAGCUGGAGGGCAGGACAAGGCUGGCAAAGAAAAGGGCGUCUUAGAUCUGUCGUAUGGGCCAGGACCAAGCCUCCGCCCUCAGAAUGUGACAAGCUGGAGGGAGGGCGGUGGGCGAAACAUAAUUUCUGCCACGUCUCUGAGCGCCUCCCCAACUGAGCUGGGCAGCAGGAACUCGAGUGCAGGAGACGGAGCCCCCUCCUCGGCAUGUACCAGCGAUUCUAAGGACCCCUCUCUCCGCCCGGCUCAGCCUGUCCGCAAAGGGGCUUCACAGUUCAUGGGAAAUGUAUACCACCCACCUACAUACCAUGACAUGCUUCCUGCUUUUAUGUGUUCACCACAGUCAUCAGAGAACCAGGGUGCAGUGGAGCGAGGAUCCUUUCCCCUCCCCCAGCUCCGUCUUGAGCCCCGAGUUCCUUUUAGACAGUUCCAGAUGAACGACCAAGAUGGAAAAGAAAACAGGCUGGGAACGACUCGCCCGAUCCGUCCGCUAAGGCAGCUGGUGGAGCGGGCGCCCCGGCCCACCAUCAUCAAUGCGGAAAACCUGAAGGGCCUCGAUGACCUGGACACCGACGCUGAUGAUGGCUGGGCAGGCCUCCAUGAGGAAGUGGACUAUUCUGAGAAACUGAAGUUCAGUGAUGAUGAAGAGGAGGAAGAGGUUGUGAAGGAUGGCAGGCCAAAAUGGAGCAGCUGGGACCCUAGAAGGCAGCGGCAGCUGUCAUUGAGCUCUGUGGACAGUACUGAUGCUAAGCGUACACCAGAGGAAGGAAAGGACUGGGGUGAAACAGUGGGCAUGACCCGUGUUGUCCGGAAGGUGCCAGAACCUCAGCCACCUUCCAGGAAACUUCACAGCUGGGCAUCAGGCCCUGACUACCAGAAGUCCUCCGUGGGCAGUGUGUUCCGGCAGCAGUCUACUGAGGACAAAGAGGACAAGCCGCCUUCACGGCAGAAGUUCAUCCAGUCAGAGAUGUCUGAGGCCGUGGAACGAGCCCGAAAGCGCCGGGAAGAGGAGGAGCGCCGGGCCCGGGAAGAGAGGUUGGCUGCCUGUGCCGCCAAACUCAAGCAGCUGGACCAAAAGCGUAAGCAGGCUCAGAAGGCCAGCGAGGCCCAGAAGCAGGUGGAGAAGGAAGUCCCCCGAUCUCCAGGCACUGAUAAGGCACCCCCACAGGAGAACGGCCCUGCUGGUCGCAAAGGCUCCCCUGAGUUCCCUGUCCAGGGAACCCCCAACCCAUUUUCAGAAGAAGCCCCCACGGCUCCUCCAGCUGUGGCUCAGAGCAGCAGUGAGGACGGGCAUGGGGAGGCCACGUCUCCCUCCCAGGAGUUCAGCAAGUACCAGAAGGCGCUUCCGCCCCGGUUCCAGCGCCAGCAGCAGCAGCAGGAGCAGCUGUACAAGAUGCAGCACUGGCAGCCCGUGUACCCUCCACCUUCCCACCCGCAGCGCACCUUCUACCCGCAUCAUCCCCAGAUGCUGGGCUUCGAUCCCAGGUGGAUGAUGAUGCCUUCCUACAUGGACCCACGAAUCCCACCCACUCGGACCCCAGUGGAUUUCUACCCCUCGGCCCUACAUCCCUCCGGACUGAUGAAACCCGUGAUGCCCCCAGAGACUCUCGGUGGGGCCAGCUGCCGCCCUGAGGAUCAGAACCGCGUGCCCCCACUGCAGGAAAGAAAGGCGACUACCAUCGACCCCACCCCUGCGUGGAGCCCAGAGGGCUACAUGGCAUUGCAGAGCAAGGGCUACUCGCUGCCCCACCCAAAAUCAGAUGGCACUUUGGCCCUGGACAUGCAUGUCAGGAAUGAAAGCUCUUACUCUGCCUCACCCGGAAGGUCAGGGGGCGUAAGUGCCCAGCGCGAUCUCCUUGAGGAGAGAGGGGAGGAAUACUUGAGUGCUUUUGACAAGAAGGCCCAAGCAGACUUUGACAGCUGUGUCUCUUCUCAAAGAAUAGGCCAGGAGCUCUUGCUUCCACCCCAAGAAAAUACCCAGGAAGCAGGUGAUCCUGGGGGUCACAGCCCAAACCUCAGGUGCCCCCCACUGGAGCCUGAUUUUGCCCCAGCUGAGAAAAAGCCAGAGUAUAGUAAUUGGGACAUUAGCCACCAGCCAAAGGCCACCGGUGCAGCCAGCAGUGUUGAGGAGGAGGCUCCCCGGGAGGAGCUGCCCUUUAGCACCUCCUCCUGGGAGAAGGCAGGGAGCCCCAACAAAGAGCCCCCGCUGGAGCCUGAGUGGACCUCGGAACCCCGGGGCCCUGGCAGCCAGCUCCAGGAGCCUACCGGCAGGACCCGAAGAUCAGGACCCAUCAAGAAACCUGUCCUAAAAGCCCUCAAGGUAGAAGACAAGGAGAAGGAGCUGGGGAGGAUGAAGCAGGACCCGGGGAUGGGGGGUACCCGCCCAGCCAAGGAGAAGGGGCUGCCUCGUAAGGUGGAAAAAGAUGAAGAUGAGGAGAAUGGCCCCACGCUGACCAGUCCAUCCCCUUCUACCUUGGAGGGCCAGGGUUCUACCCGCGUGAGUUUGGGCCGUGAGGCCAGCAAGUCUGAAGAGGACGAGAAGCCCGACAGGGCCUGGGAAGCCAGGCCCUCCCGGGAGUCCAGCGAUACUGCCCCAACGAGGAGGAAUAACUGGAUCUUCAUUGAUGAGGAGCAAGCCUUUGGGGGCAGAGGGCAGGCGCGGAGCCGCGGCCGUGGCUUCAGAGAAUUCACUUUCCGUGGCCGGCCUGCCAGCAGCAGCAUCUGUGGGGGGGCGGUCCUUGGGGUGCGGGGUGUCUACAGCGGCAGCAGCCAGCGGAGCGGCCGAGGCCGCGGCCUGCGGGAGUUCAGUCAGCCGGAUGACUUCCCCAGGGCCAAGCCCCGCCGGAGGAUCGCCAGCGAGACCCACAGCGAGGGCUCUGAGUACGAGGAGCUCCCCAAGCGGCGUCGGCAGAGGGGCGCGGAGAGCGGGAUCGAAGGCUCGCUCCUGGAGAGGGGCGAGAGCGGCGUGGGGAGAGGUGACUUCAGAGAUUCCUGGCGCUCCAGCAAGAUGUACUCUGAGGACCGCAGUGGUCUGGACACGAAGAACCGGGGCCCUCGGGCCUUUGGGCGAGCCCUCCCACCCCGGCUGAGCAAUUGCGGGUUUGGGCGGAGAAACUUCGUGUCCAAAGAGUCAGCCCCCUGGCAGAGUAAGAGUCCGGGUGCCUCCUGGCAGGAAUACAGCCCUCCUGACGCGUGUGGGUCCCGGCGACCCACAGACAGAGACUACGUCCCCGAGGCCUACAGACAUUCUGACUCAUUUGGCGCCAGGGGCUUUGAGGACAGCCGCCUGGAAGACAAAAGGUCCUUCUUCCACGACGACCAUGUGGCAGAUUGUGAAAAUGUGGAGAACCGGCCCUUCAGGAGAAGGCGCCCCCCACGUCAAGACAAGCCCCCUCGCUUCAGGCGCCUCAGGCAGGAGCGUGAGUCCCUGGGCCUGUGGGGGCCUGAGGAAGAGCCCCACCUGCUGCCAGGUCAGUGGCCCAGCAGGUCCAAACUCUGUCCUGGGGACAAGAGUGGCGCUGUGGGCCGCAGGUCCCCUGAGCUCUCAUACCAGAACUCCUCUGACCACGCCAACGAAGAGUGGGAGACGGCCUCCGAGAGCAGUGACUUCAGUGAGCGGCGGGAGCGGCGGGAGGGCCUCGGGGCCGAGCCUGACUCCCAGGCGGACGGCAGCUUGCCUGGGGCCAGCUUGGGCGAGAAGAAGGAGCUGGCCAAGAGAAGCUUCUCCGGUCAGAGACCCCUGGUUGACAGACAGAGCCGAAAGCUGGAGCCGGGAGGGUUUGGGGAGAAGUCUGUUAGGCCAGGUGGUGGUGAAUCUUCUCCCCGUUAUGACAGCCAACAGAAUGGGACGCCUUUGAAAGCCAAAAGGGCCCCAGAUGAAGUCUUGCCUGGAAGUCUUGGCUGCAGCAGUGGGAGCGGCCACUACAGCCUGGAGCGGGCAGCCCAUGCUGCCUCUGACAUCCCAGAAGCCACCUGUGAGAAGGCAGAGGAGGCCAAGCUGGCUGCUCAGAGGGCAGGCGAGCAGGGAGAGGCCAUGACGCAGUUUGACCUCAGCUAUGGAAGUGCCAUCGUUGAAAAUUGCGGGUCCAGCCCUGGGGAGGAGAGUGAAGUGGGCUCUGUGGUGGGUGAAGGUUUCAUUGAAGUUCUGACCAAGAAGCAGCGCCGCCUGCUGGAGGAAGAAAGGAGGAAGAAGGAGCAAGCCAUGCAGGUGCCUGUCAAAACUCGGGGUCUCUCCUCCCGUAUACCGCCUCGGUUUGCUAAAAAGCAAAACAGCCUGUGCCUGGAGCAAGGUGAUGCGACUCUGCCUGGCAGCAGCCUGGGCACUGAGAUCUGGGAGAGCAGCAGCCAGGCCCUUCCCAUUCAGGCCUCAGCCAGCGACUCCUGGACCAAAGCUGCCACUGCCUUCAGCAGCACCGAGUCUGGCUCUGCUGAGGGUUUUAAGAGCAGCCAGGGAGACAGUGGUGUUGACUUGAGCGCUGAGUCUCGUGAGUCAUCUGCAACGUCCUCGCAGCGCAGCUCGCCAUACGGCGCUCUGAAGCCAGAGGAGAUGAGCGGGCCCAGCCUGGAGCCCAAGGCUGACAGCCGCAAGGAGCAGGCUCAGAAACAGUCUGAGCAAAAGGAUUCAGAACAAGGCUCAGGACAGAGCAAGGAGCACAGACCGGGACCCAUUGGCAAUGAGCGUUCUCUGAAAAACAGGAAGGGCUCCGAGGGGACUGAACGGUUGCAAGGGGCUGCGGUCCCGCCUGUUAACGGGGUGGAGAUUCACGUGGACUCUGUGCUGCCGGUACCGCCUAUCGAGUUUGGAGUCAAUCCAAAAGACUCUGAUUUCAGCUUGCCACCUGGUUCUGCCUCCGGGCCUGCAGGGAAUCCAGUUGUCAAACUUCAGGACGCAUUGGCCAGUAACGCUGGGUUAACACAGAGCAUUCCCAUCCUCCGGCGUGACCAUCACAUCCAGAGGGCCAUCGGCCUCUCCCAAAUGUCUUUCCCCACUGCCGACCUCACUCUGAAGAUGGAGUCUGCACGCAAGGCUUGGGAAAACUCACCCAGUUUGCCGGAGCAGAGCUCUCCCGGAGGCGCUGGCUCGGGCAUCCAGCCCCCAUCCUCUGUGGGAGCCUCCAGCGGAGUCAACUACAGUGCUUUCGGUGGGGUUUCCAUGCCGCCCAUGCCCGUGGCUUCUGUAGCACCCUCUGCUUCUCUUCCAGGCAACCACCUGCCGCCUCUGUAUCUGGAUGGCCAUGUGUUUGCAAGUCAGCCCCGACUGGUUCCUCAAACGAUACCUCAGCAGCAGAGUUACCAACAGGCUGCCGCUGCCCAGCAGAUCCCAAUCUCUCUUCACACGUCUCUGCAGGCCCAAGCCCAGCUGGGACUGAGGGGCGGGCUCCCUGUCUCCCAGUCUCAGGAGAUCUUCAGCUCUUUACAGCCCUUCAGAUCUCAGGUGUACAUGCACCCCAGCCUGUCACCGCCCAGCACCAUGAUUCUCUCUGGAGGCACAGCCUUGAAGCCUCCGUACUCGGCGUUCCCAGGAAUGCAGCCCUUAGAGAUGGUGAAGCCCCAGUCCGGCUCACCCUACCAGCCCAUGAGUGGAAACCAAGCCCUGGUCUAUGAGGGUCAGCUCAGCCAGGCAGCCAGUCUGGGCGCCUCCCAGUUGUUGGACUCGCAGCUCCCACAGGUAUUCAGAAUCCAGCCAUCUCUCAUUGCCUCACACCUGCCACCCUGUCCAGGUGCUGCAGGAGCUCCCGCCGAUUCUGCUCUUGGGCCCUGCACUCUGAUCUUCACACAGCAGCCAGAGUGCCCCUUUAAAACACAGCUGACAAUGCCGCUGCCUGGCUCCCAGCUGCCUCUGCCACGGUACGGCUCUGGGCAGCAGCCCCUGCUUCUGCCACAGUCCAUCCAGCUGCCGCAGGGGCAGAGCCUCUCUGUCGGGGCCCCCCGAAGAAUUCUUCCACCUGGGUCUCAGCCUUCUGUCCUUAACACCAGCAGAGAGUCCUCUCAGAUGGAGAUGAAGGGCUUCCACUUUGCCGACAGUAAACAGAAUGUUCCUUCAGGAGGCUCUGUGCCGUCACCACAGACCUACAGGCCUAGCUCUGCUAGCCCCAGUGGGAAGCCCUCUGGAUCAGCAGUUAACAUGGGCUCUGUGCAGGGACACUACGUUCAACAGGCAAAACAACGAGUGGAUGAAAAACCCAGCCUGGGAGCCGUGAAACUGCAGGAGUCCCCUUCGACUGCCUCUCAGAUGAAGCGCACUGGAGCGAUCCAGCCUCGGGCCGUGAAAGUGGAGGAGAGCAAGGCCUAAAGGUGCCUGGCCAUGCCGCCCUCUCGAGGACAGUGCCUCGACACAGCCGGACUCUUAGGAAUCGCACCAGGUCCACGUCCCGCUGCCUGGCCCGGACUGAGAGCUCUCCCUUCUCUUCCCUACUUCUGAAAGCUCAUUGUCCCACCAGCUUGCACCCGUGGAUAUAUGGCAUCGACCUGCUUGCUUUAAUACAGGACAGACAGACAAGCAAACGACUCCCAUCCCGUCUCCUCUCCACGGCGAAGUGGAGUGGCUCAAGGCCUUUGUGCAGUGUGUCACCCCUGCCUCCUGCCCUGUCCCUCCUCCCAGCCAGGGCGCUUCCUCAGCAGUGCUUCCUCCCCUCCAGCCUGUGGGUCCCCAGGCACAUUGGUUUGACAGCAGGGUCGUUUUAGUUUGAGGCUUUUUGUUUUAAAAAACAGUUAAGGUUUUUACAAAGGAGAAAAGAAAAGAAAAACACGAGCUCUCUCCAUAUAGCUGAACUUUUCUACGCCCUUUGCCGUCCUCUCCCCACCCCUCCUCCUCUAUUCCAGUGGUGUCCUUUAACCUCCUGUUGGGUUUGAUGUGUCACUGCGAUACCUUAAGAGAUGACUUCUAAGAAUGCAUCCCUUCCCACUCCCUCGCGGUUGGUUAGCCUUUGAGGGUCCUUGCCCAAAGAAGUGGAGGUUGCUUUAGACACCCCUCGUGAGUACUCCGAUGUCCAGCAACACUCUUUGGAAGCAGAUUUGGGAGAGGUAAGGUGUUCCGGUUGGGUUCCAGCUGGCCUGAUGGCUGCAGGGAGCUGAUGGGCAGCCCAGUGAAGUGGAUAUGUUUUAGCAUAAGAAUUACGCAGCAUUUCUGUCUGGGACUCUUAAAGCUAGUGGAUCCUGACAUCUAGGCUCCUGGAGUGAGUCAUGGAGAUACCAAGUCACUGGUGGUUUCCAGUUUCACGUGGACGGUGCAUGGACAGCACCACAAGCCCCCACCUGCGUCUCCGUUUAUGGGGCUCCAGUUCCCACAUGGACCCCCAUCCCGGAAGCCUCCUGAAUUAGGCCCUUCUUUUUUCUAAGCCUCUUUCUCAUCUGGAUCCUCCUGUCCCUCCACUUCGUCGUUAGAAACUGUGAGGUCCUCCACAUGGUCACUGGUGUGUGAGCAGCUGCUUGGGCUGGUCUGCAGCAGAGGUGUGCAGUCCGCCGGGUGGUGGGGAGGCUCCUCUCUAUCCUUUUCGUUCCCAGCAAAGGGUUGUUGGGACAGAAAGGCCUGAGCUGGGAAGCGGGCAUCAGUCUUCCCAGAUGGCCAUGGCUGUGUCCAAGGAGCGGAUGGAUUGCAGGGCUCCAUGGUUCCAAAAUAGCCUGGGUGGCCUCAGAAAAAGGACAGCCUCUUAAGUCUACAGAGCCACCUUUAGCAAAAUGUUUGUGUGAGUCGUUUUAUGCUGGUUUUGGUUUUUUGGGUCAUUUCUCUUUUAAAUAAGAACUAGAAGGAAAUCAUCCCCAGAUUCUGUCAUUCCAAGGAAAGGGGAGGGGAAAUUUCAAGCUUUGCACAUGCCCUUCAGAGUAACUAGCCAGUCGUCCACCUAAAGGAGUUGCUGCCUGGCCCCACUGGUGGUUCCAGAGCAGCCCUGGCUCGAUGGUGAGCAGGAGUGGGCAGGUGUAUGCCCCGCGGGUGUGCCAGCCGCUCGGCCUAUAGUUGUAAGCCUAGGAUCUAGUGGAGAACAUGGGGAAAGAAGCACCUUAGAAACAGCUGAAUAAACUUUUGUUGCCCUUUACUGCUUUAAGGCAGUGGGGGGUGCAGCCUCCUUAGCAUAGAGUACCUGGGUCUCCUCUGGGUGUUAUCUGCAGAGGGCCAGUCGUCUUGAAAGAUGCCCCACUGCUUGAUCUGUAGCUUUGAGCAUACCCCGGCUUACCUCCACCUCAGACCUUCCUUCUUUCCUUUUUUUUCUUCAUCCCCUGAAUCUUUACUCUGAACUCCCUUCUCGAAGGGCUGCCCACUUGAUGGAGUCGCCACACUCGCCUGCCCUGUGUGCUCGGCUACCCCGCCCUGAGCCCUGUGGACAUGUGACUGCGGCCCCUGUGGCCCCUGUGGCCCCUGCUGCAGACAGGCUGCCCUGACUGAGCUCCUCUCCGGCUGUCCCUGCAGGAGCCGCACAUUCGCUGCUGCCUGUGCGCUUAGAAACACAGCCAGACCCCUAGUUCCACCUGAUUCCAGUGCACACUGUCAACAAGAAAAAAGGCUUUCUCAUUUUGAAAUUCAGCGUAACAGUUCUAGAUGCUGUUACAAACUCAAGACAUACCCUUCAGAUGAACCUGCCAUCAGAGUGACAGUACUUCAGAAAAAAAAGGGUCACCUGUUCUCCAGCCCUUUUCUCUACCCAUGUAUUCCCCCCCUACCCCAAUAAAACAGAAAACACUAGAAUUUAUUUAUAUGUAUUGAUGUUGUAGGUCUAGGUGAAAAAAAAGUAAAUGUUUCACUUUUCUAUUUAUAUAUAAUGUCUGAAUUAUUCUGUGCAGGAAAGGCCAGGAAAUUGCAUGUAAAGUUCGGUGCAUGCACCACCUCUGUGUGCCCAAGCUGCAGUCUUUCCCUCUAAGAUCCAGAUUCUGAAUUGGCAGCUGGGGCAGUAGGCAGGCCUUGGGCCUGCCCAAUACCCCGUCCCUUCCUUGGUCUGAUUAAAUGCAGUUUUUAGUGCAGAGAUGUUUUAAGGUGCAAUAUCUCCCUUUCAUGUGGUUUUAGAGCCAAGCUCAAAGUAACAGGACCUCAGAUCUUAUUUUGGUUUCAGAUCCCCAGCCUCAGAGUGCAAAUCUAUGCAGGAGCCUGGAUGCCUUUGGUGGGAACAGGUGUAGACCAGCACUUAGAGGUUUCCUGCUGUUGAGAUGCGGGGUGGGGUGCCAGAGGCCUCUCAGCUGCACCUAUAUCUGCUAAAUUUGCCCUCCCAGUGCUGGCAGCUUUGUCCUGGUUGAUGGAGCAGCCAGUGCUCAGCAACCCGUGACCCUGCAACAGGAUCUGUUCAGGGAGUAAAAUCCCAGAGUGUGGGGCUGUGUAUCCAAGUGGUGCCCUCCACCUACCGAACACUUCUCUGCCCGCUGUAUUUGGUCUGUUUUUCUACUGUUGCUUCCCCCUUUUUAUCCACAUUAUUGUUUUCAAACCUGGAAUUCAUUCACUUCUGGUCCAAAAUUUAUCAAGGGGGAAAACAAGGGAGGACUCCUCAUACAUUCAGAAAUGAGUUGCUCCAGGUCCAAAGCUUGGUUGUCCCAACCCCUUCUAGGGAUAGUGGGGUAUCUUGUCACUAAGUAUUGGCAUCAUGUCUCCAGCUAUGCCCUCACCCUCCUGUCUUUGGAACUACUUUCAGGAUGGUAGGUAGGUUUGUGAGUGAUGCACACACAGCCAUGCUCAGAACUGGCCCACUGAGUCAGUGUGGCAACCAUAAAGCCCCCUCCCUGCUUUUUGGUUCCCUUCCACCAACUAAUUGCAUGUUUCCUCUCAAAUAUGUAUUUGUCCCUUUUCACUUCUUGUGAGAGCAAAACCUAGGUGGGAAGGUCUGUUGGAAAUGGCCUGUGACAACCAAGGACACACAGUGUGCUUUGUUGUGUUCUGUGAUGAAUGGGAAAUGCAGACUCACGGAAAGCCAGCCCUUCCUGUUUGGAAGUGUGGGACGGACCUAAGAGAGGUCACUGGGACAGGAGUGGCUCAGUGUUGGGGUCAGACAUUGUCCCUCAGCUAUGCUCUUCAGCGGGACCACCAGCACAUUUUUGGCCAGUGACCUAGCACACCUGACCUUGCCGUUCACUGAUUCUCCACCCCAGCUGGAUGGCCUCCAGGAGUAACAACAUCCCUAGGGCCCUGUCAUCACCAUGUUACAAGGUCACGGAGUAGAAAUUUCUAAGGCUCUAUGGAUGACUUUCUUCAUUGUUUAAAGGGGAUACUGUACUCUUAAGCUUUUGACCUCAUGCCUUGCAUAGUAAAAAGGGUUUGGGUAUUUUUGUUAUUUUUUUUGAGAGGGUUGUGUUUUGUUUCCUUUCGUUUUUAUUUUGGCCUUUCCUCUAUGUCUUUUCAUGUAGAACAGAUAUUUGAAAGGGCGGACGAUGGCUAAAGGUGUAACGUGCAGCUUGUUUAUACAUUAUUUCUGGGACGCUUUUACUUCGAAUGGGAAAUGGAAUCAUGGACUCGCCAGGCCAUGGGGCACACUUCACCCUUUGCCCUUCCCUCCGGUUCAGUACCUAUUGUUUCUCCUUUCAAAUAUGUGAUUGUACUAGCUCUUUCCAUAUGAAAGAAUUCUCCUUAUUUAAAUUAAAAAAAGUUUAAAAAAAACCGCUAAAACUGAA